CCCUACGAAAAUAACGUAAGAAAAGCAUUCCGAAUCCAGUCGAAGGAUACGGAUGCAGUGUUUAUAACUAGGAGGAACACAAAGUGCCGUCGCGCUGAAGGGUGUAGGAUGAAUGUCGAAACUCACUGAAAAAUCCAGGUGUUCCCAUACGUUUCCUCUGCAAGACGCUGUAAUCCUUCAACAAACGGAUGGGACAAUGCGUAAAUAUCAGCAGCUUGCGCUAACUAUCACAGCGGUGGUAAGCCUGGUUGCGUUCCUGUUUUACAAACAUGAAUACGAACGUUUACGCUACACCUUAGAAUACCUGGAUACUUUUGGACAGCCUCCAUCCAAUGAUGAAGCAGCAAUUCCCCAUUGUGGUUUCAGCACACUUCACAAAGUAUCAACCCCUCCAGCAGACUGGGUACAGAUCACUUCAGACCUAGAAGUGUACUCUUCAUUUUUUGAUGAUCAGAAGGGAAUGGGAGAGCCGCAGAUCAAAAGCAUAGCUGCCGUGAGUAAAUCCCAUGAGGCUCCAUCAUCCCUCAAUUGUUUGGUGUGGUUUGAGUCGGAGGAUGCUCCAGUUCACGGCUCUUGUUCAGUGGAGUAUGCAGCUGAAAGAUUUCAUGGUCACGGCACUCGUGAAGAAGAUAUAGAAGUGAUUUAUCUUUUAUGCUCUGCUGAUAAUAAAAAAUUGAUGCUGAGCAAAACGCCUUACAUGAUCCAGUUCAUUGUGGAUGGUGUAGAGCCAUCGAGACCCAUCUUUGUUCAUGAGAGUGACAGUUUGAAAAGUGUCAUUAACAAAUCUGCAGUUUGUAUAGUCCCUCUUGAGUUUCCUGUCACAACACUAAGUAUUAUAGAGUUUAUUGCAUACUAUAAUGUUAUUGGUAUUGAUAAAUUUACAGCAUACGGCCCUGUUUUGACUCCUUUGGCGAGGAAAUUACUGGAUAAAUACGGAGAUGAGUCGGGUUUAGAAUACGAAGAAAAACUAUUUACUUCAUCCAAAACCUUUAAACUGACUCCACCUGUUAUUCGGAAAGUUAUUGAACUGGAUUGUUUGUAUCGUCACCGUGACACCCAUGAAAAUGUUCUUGUUCUGGAUCUCAAUCAGUAUGUUAUUUUGGAGCACAAGCCAUCCCUCCAAGAUACCCUGACGGUCGUCCAGGGAAAUCCACGCCAUAAACGAGAUGUCGCAACAUUCCAUUUGACCAGUCAGGGUGUUUGUCUUGAUAAAGAGCACACUAAACCAGGAACCAUUCGUUUGUCACAACAGACUCACACAGUUGGUUCUAUAGAAGAAAAGGGAGUUGCCAUUUUACGCCCACAUGUUCUGACGGGCUGGAAUCUUGCUGAAAAAAGUGGGGGACCUCCCAAUUACCAACAUGUGUCGGCUGCAACCAUCGUGGUCUACCAUUACAGCAUCUGUUCUGAUAAUGAUAAACAUGAGGACACUCACCAUCUUCCCACCAAAAAGAGGUUUGUGGAAAAAGUAGAGAAGUCACUCUUGUAUCGAAAGUGGUUGAUUUAUCAGUGAAAUACUAAGCAGAUCUUUUAACUUGGAGGAAUGGUUUAGCCAUUGGUAGAGAAGUCUAUGCCAAUUGCUUCAUAUGAGUUAGUGCAAAUUCAGGAAAGGCUUUUAGUUUGUUAGUUUUUUAGUGCAAAUGAAAAAAAAUUGCUUUAUGCAAAUAAAAAAAUGCUUUGUAAAAUACAUUGGACCAUAGUGAACUAUGAGGAAGAGCAUAUAUUAAUCAUAAUGAGCUUGCAUUUUUAUGGAUCAAGUGGACCAUGAACCACUAGAAGUCAUCUGCGUUGUAAAAUACUUGUACUAUUUGGAAACAAAUUGAGAGCUAAUCAGAAGAGAUGGUCAAACUAGCUUUAACUGUCAUAAAUGAAUAACAGGAAAAUAGAUAAAGAAGGGAAUUGUGAACCCUUGAGCAGAAAGUUGUGAUUUAUUUACAGUAAGAAAUCUCUUUGUGGAAGUCGCUUGAAUAUCUUGAAACCAAUAAGAAUAUUCGUCCAUAAUUAAGAUUAGCUUUUGUUGGACCAUUUGUACUGAUGUCGGUGUUUUUCACUACUGUAUAUUAGUCAUGUUUUUAGAGAGUAAGAGGCAUGUACAUUUUAACAUAAUCUUGUAUCAUUAUUGUUGAAUAUUAUCCAAAGCUACAUUUUAUAUAAUCUUUUCAUGGGUGACUAAGGUUUCUUAAUUAGUGAUGAUAGGUAUCAAUUUGGUUUGUACUUAUAAGGAUGGCCAGUGGUUAAUAUCGCAAGCUGUCGGCACUCAGUACCCUUCUGUGACUGUUACUGGAACUUGCAACAGACUGUAGGAAUGUUGGGGGAGCAGCUGUGGUUCACUAUAUCCAAAAGUGAUUGAAUGAAGGAAGUAGUGUUGUAAUAUUUCCAGGUCAUUGUAUUCUCAAAAGUUUUCUUGAUUUUAGAAAUAUUUUAAUCUUGAAAGUUUCAGAGUUAGUCACCUAUUAACAUGAAGUGGAGUACAGUAACUUAACAUUUCUUGAUAUAGAGAGCUUUGAAAACGGGAAUUUUAAUGCUUGAGCAUUGAAACUGCCGUAAGUCCUAAUAUUUGUGACUCCUUUGCAUAUUGUAGAAGUUAAUUUGGAGUAUGAAAUUAAGAUAAAGGUUGUCAUGAAACAUCAAAAAUUUUUAAAACACCCUCAGAUGAUGUUAUAAUGUCUCUGAGCAUGCCAGGAACAGUUUUUUUUUUUAAUCAUCCAUUACUUUAUACGUAUACCUAUAUAAUCUUGCACUCUGCAGCUUUCCAGACAAAAUAUCUUAAGUUAAGAUCUCCACCUGGUCAGGUAAGCUCUCUGGCCUCUAUACUUUCUCAUUGAAAAUAGUCAGCGUCUGCCGUAUACUGCAAACCUUUGUUUUUAUGUUCCCUGAAUUUACUCAGUUUGCCUGGUAUUUCCAUAGUAUUUGCUCUCUGCCAUCAAUAAAUUUCUCAUAAUUCCUUUCUAACCUUUCCAGUGAUGGUAUUGAAUUUUUGUGUUGGUACCAAGACUGAAGAGUGGCCAGGGCAUGACCCUUUUUUACCUUUAUGAAGAAGAAUGUAUUUUAUUGUCUUCUUUAAGCUAGGUGGCUAGCUUCUUUGUACUAUUUUUGUAUGGCCUGUAAGAAAAUGUGAAUUUUCAGGUCUUUUCUGAUUGAGAAAAGUAUUUUGCAUUCUCAAGUGACAUUGCUGGAAAGAAAAAAAUAACUGGCUCACUCAGGUCUGUCAUUUCUGCCUUACCAUUCCAAUUAAUGAGUGAAGAGUACGUUUUAACAUAAUCUUGCAUCAUAUUCCUUUGUCCAGUGAGAGCUUUAAACCCUUAUCUUUGCAAGGCUAAGUCCUGUAACUCCCAGGCUAAUGAAACUACAUCUAUUCAAAGAGUUCGCACUUGCACUUUGGAGCUUAAAGGUUAACCUAACACGAAUCUUUUAAUGUCCACCAAUUUAAGUCCAAUAUUGGCUUGAGGCCAAGUAAUACCAAAACUGACCCUUUUAGUUGACUCACCAGCCUUGACUCCUUGGUAAUGGAAAACUCUGUUAUCGUUUGUGCUUAUUUCCAGAAAUGAGUUACCAAAUACCUUAGGCUUCAUAUUACUACUCAGGUUUCUGACAAGUAAUGGGUAAUUAGUUACUCAGGUUUCUGAUAAGUAAUGAGUGUCUAAUUGAGUACUCUUUUAAAUAACAGAUUUGAUUUUUUUGUAUAAACCCAUUAACUCGACUUCAUUCAGCCCUCCUCCACAUCCCUCAUCUUUCAUGGGAAGGUCAAGAAAUGCAGAGGAGGAGUUUCCCAUGAGAAACACUUGUUGGUUCCCAGGUAGCUUACCUGACCAGGUGGCAGAAUUAAUGGGUUUGCUAGAAAAGGGAAAGUUGUAUUUUCAUUGGUCAAUUGUUCAAGAAAACAUUUGUGAAGACCUCAUGAUACUCUUAGUAUUGUCAAAUGCAAUUCUUACAAAAUUUUCGCUCUCAUAGCACAAAUUUCUUUGUAUGUAUAUCCAGUAUGUAUAUAUACUGUCAUAAGUAAUAGACACAUUCAUGCUCUCUAUCUAUUUCUGUUAGGCUCAGAGGUCUGGUUAAACUAAUCUUUUUACCCUAUCCUAUCCAUCUAUCUAUCUGCUGUGCAGUAAAUUUCAGUAGAUCAUGUAUAACACCUAUUUUGUUAUUUGUCCAUAAUUUUAGAUUCGUAAAGAUACUUGUGUCACAGGUACGUGAUGUUAUAUUGUUCGGAGAUGGUUUUGACUGUUUAAGGUAAUCCAUUGUAAUUAAUUUGAUGUCACGCCAACAAAGGUCAUCAAAAUAUUUCAUCAUAUACUAUCUUUUUACUUAACGUUGGUCUUGAUCUCAUAGAAUAAGCAGAUUGGUGAAAAAUGAUCUCCAAGUGGGAGACCACACUUGAUCUGAUUAUUUUACAGGUUUUUUUCCCCCUAUCUGGUUAAGUUGAAUGUUGAUCCAGCUGCAUACUUAGGCCCGAUUUUCACUAUCAUUCUUUGCCCAUGCACUGUUGUCAGUAUCACCUUUUAUUAUGUGGGUAUUUUGCAGAAAGUUUCAUGCAAAAUAAGUGGUUUUAUUCUAUAUGCUAAUAUUUUUCUGUGGUGGAAUGACACAGGGCCUUUAAAACUUGUUGAUAGAUUUCUGUAAAAACUCAAGUUGUAUAUACAGUUGUAGCCAAACAUACAAAAUUAGAAGCCUUAUUUUAUACCAAAUCUUUAUGGUAUAUAACUUACAAAAAUUAUCUGAAACACUAUACAUACCCUUUCAAGGAAAUAAAAAAAAAUCCCUGGUGGUUUACCUUGUUAGUACAUAGUUGAAUUGUUAAGAAUUGGUGGAAAUGGUUAGGUUUUUAUAUUAAUUUUAAAAUGUUUAAUAAAGUGAUAUUUUGAGUGUAUUUAUGUUAAAAGGUAUAGAAUUUCUCUGAAUUUCUUGAGGUACAUGUUAUUGGGAGUGGAAUGUGAUAAUUUUGACCACUCAGAAGAUAGAAUUUCAUUGAUAAGCAGUAUGUUAAAAUGAUUGAUAAGUCGAUGAAAAAUCUAUUCCUUCUUGACAAUAUUCGAUGUACAAUCUUUGAUGAAAGCGCAAAUUGCUGUUUUAAGCAACUGAAAGAAAGUUCAGAAAAUACAGAAUUUGUUUAAAGGUGUACAGUAAUUUGAUUUUUUGUAUAGUGUAUUUGUAUGUACAUAUGAAUGAUGAAGCUCAUACUGUGUGUGUUUGUCCAAAAUUCAUUUCAAGAUGUUGACUUCUGCAAUCAUGUUUACUUUUGCACUUAUGAAGCUUUCUUUAUCAUCUCUCAUCUCAGUAUCAAUAUUACCAUUUACAAAUGUAUUAUUUGAAGUAUUAAUUUUGAGUUAUUACAUUACCUUGCAUUCAGAUCACCAAGUAAUUAUACUGUAUGAACUAUGACAAAGCUAUUUGAUUGUUACAUUUAGCCAAACUCCAUCAAACUGCUUACUAUAUGUAUAGAAAAAAAUAGACUACGUAUAGUCAGCCAGAACCCAAUUACAGUCAGUACUAAAUGAUUAGCAUCCAGUCAAGAAGGGAGGACAGUUGUAAUUUUUCAGGAAACUCAAGCCAUAGUGGCUUAAAAAAGACAGGAGGAGGGAUGUGUUUCAGUUGCGUAGUCGAUGUAGUGUUCCAAAUAUCAGCUUUAUUGGUAGCAAAGGAGGAGAAUCUAAUAGUCCUGGAGCUCAUUCUGGGCACAGAAAAGAAAUAUCUAGGAUUCACUCGCCCUAAAUCAUAUUUGCCAUUCAAUGGUCACUCUAGAUAUGCAUAGCAAGCUUAUGGAAUAAGCUGUUGGUUUGCUUUUUUCACAUGUAAGCCAAAUAGCAGGAACAUCCAGGUUGGAAGUUCAUUGUAGCAGUUAAACAUGGCUUCAUUUAUGUGGCUACAAUAGACCUGUGGAGCACUUUAUAUAUUUAGGUCUCUAUUCAUACGACAACACCUUUAGGCUAUAAACCCUCAUGUCUGAAAGUUAGCUAGUUUUGAUAGUGAUGGGUUCUUUGGUGGUACAGUAAUAUUGAUUCAAUGCUUAAGCAAACCACCCUUUUGUAAGUGUAAAAUUUAUGAGGAAAUGGAAUGGGGGUGAAAAAUGUGUAUGUUGAAUAGCUGUCAAUGUCAAAAGGAGGAAGAUGAAUUGGAAAGUGAAGUGAACACUAGAGAGGAGGAGGAAAUGUCCAGCUUAAUUUAGAUUGGGAAACGUAGAACAGAGGAUUACAAUCCUUCCUUGGAAUUGAGCAUCAGUCACCCAUAUGAGCCUCAGUGGCAUGAUUGGUAUGGUCUUGGCCUGCCACCUCAGUGUUUCAUUGACGAGUUAGAGAUGUGUAUUUUUGGUGAUAUAAAUUCACACUCGACGUGGUUUGGAAGUCAUGUAAAGCCGUUGGUCCCAUUGCUGAAUAACCACUGGUUCCAAUCAAUGUAAGAACACAAUACGUACAAACAAACAAACCAACAAAAACCCUUAUGAUAUCUAAGGCAGUGAUACCACUUCAACAGGUGUAUAACAAACUCCAGAGGCAAAGGAAACAGCUGCCAGUUACAAAGUUCUUCCCAAAGAAGAAGAAGAAAGUGUCCACCAUUGACAAUCUUCAGCCUUCGACUUUGUCAGCCCCUGAAGUCCUGCAACUAUUACCCUCCUCUUCUCUCUGCUCUACUCUGUCUUUUUCAAGUGCUAAGAAUGACCCUGAUGAUCUUUCUGACUCUUUUUCAGAGGGUCAAUAGCCCAAAUGCCUUCACAGUGCUUACACUAUCUUCAUCAUUACUUCAGUGUGGGCAUAAUACAUUGCCAUUGUCAUCAUCAUGUCAUUAUCAUCAUGACUUGAACGUUGUAACACACAGGAGGAAGCAAUUGGUGAGUACCCAGAGUUUUAUUCCUUUUAUAGAGAGAGAGAGAGAGAGAGAGAGAGAGAGAGAGAGAGAGACCUUACCUUACAGACCUUACAUCUUGUUCGGGUUGCCCCAGGUCCCUCAGUGUGAGGCACCUCUAAUGUCUACCAGAGAGUUGCUAGUACAUCUUCCGGUAUAUUUUGCAUCUUCCAAUCUUGGAUGGUCUGGGAUGCAGUUUAGAUAUUUGUCGAGCUUAUUCUUAAACACAUCUACGCUCACUCCUGAUAUAUUCCUCAGAUGAGCUGGCAACGCAUUGAAUAGACGCUGCAUUAUCGAUGCUGGUGCGUAGUGGAUUAAUGUCCUGUGUGCUUUCCUUAUUUUUCCUGGUAUAGUUUUGGGCACUAUUAAUCUACCUCUGCUUGCUCUUUCUGAUAUUUUUAGUUCCAUGAUAUUUUCUGCUAUUCCUUCUAUCUGUUUCCAUGCCUGAAUUAUCAUGUAGUGUUCUCUUCUCCUUUCUAGACUAUAUAAUUUUAAGAAUUGUAGUCUUUCCCAGUAGUCUAGGUCCUUAACUUCUUCUAUUCUAGCUGUAAAGGACCUUU